AUCACUUCCACUCCUCUGUCCAUUCGUCCCGGCGUCAUGUGAGAAGGGACCGCGGUGGUUUCUUUCGCCGUAGACCGGACCCUCCUCCACCGCGCUCAUUCGUCAGAGCUGACGUCCUCGCAGCGGUUCUGCCCCGCGGUGGGGUAGUGUCUCUGUCCCCCGUUGUGCGCUGCCCGCCGUCGAUCCAGCACCGGCGGAGGAUGAGCGAGCAAGGCAAGGGCUCGGCAUCCGCCUCUGCCGCCUCGGCCCCGGCGGCACCAGGAUCUGACACCUACAAAGGCUGGCUCUUCAAAUGGACCAACUACUUGAAAGGCUACCAGCGGCGGUGGUUUGUCCUCAGCAAUGGCCUUCUCUCCUAUUACAGGACGCAGGCGGAGAUGGCGCACACAUGUCGUGGAACGAUAAACCUGGCCACGGCUCACAUCGACACAGAGGACGCCUGCAACAUUGUCCUGAGCAGUGGCGGCCGCACCUACCACCUGAAGGCGAGCACCGAAGUGGAGCGGCAGAGAUGGGUCACGGCACUGGAGUUGGCCAAAGCCAAAGCCAUUCGCAUGAUGAACGAUCAGUCAGAUGACUCGGGUGACGAGGAGCCCGCAUCCCAGUCAGACCGGAGCGAGAUUCAGGGAACCCUGAAAAUACUCGUCAGCAAGCUCGAUGACCUCAGCACAUGCAACGACCUCAUCGCCAAGCACGGUGCGGCCCUGCAGCGCUCGCUAAGUGAACUCGAGGGUCUGAAAAUCCCAGUGGAAGGAGGGGAGAAGUUCAAGGCAGUCAACGAGCGAGCCACACUCUUCCGAAUCACUUCCAAUGCUAUGAUCAAUGCGUGCCGAGACUUCUUGGAUUUAGCAGAGACUCACAGUAGGAGAUGGCAGCGGGCGCUGCAGUAUGAGCGGGAGCAGCGCGCUCACCUAGAAGAAACCAUUGAGCAACUAGCCAAGCAGCAUAACAGCCUGGAGCGAGCGUGGAGAGAAGCGCCCACGCUUGUGUCCAGCACACCCAGUGCCCCGACCACCAACAAGGGAAGCGAGAGGCCGCUCAAAGAAGAGGCGAGUGAUGAAGAUGAGGAUACUGAGUUUUUUGAUGCCAUGGAGGAUUCCCCUGCGUUUAUCACAGUGACGACCACUGAGAAUAUACAGCACAGGCGUUCUCAGAGCAAUUUGAGCGGAGCAAGUUCAGGUCACCCCAACGAUUGGAACCAGGACGACCAUAUGUCUCCAGGCUGUAACGAUGUGUCAGGGAAGGAGCUGCAGCCUCGCAGACAGAGGCGGACUCAUAUCCCAGCCAAGCCCAACUACUCCCUCAAUUUAUGGAGCAUCAUGAAGAACUGCAUUGGCAAGGAGCUUUCAAAAAUCCCCAUGCCUGUAAACUUCAAUGAGCCCCUGUCAAUGCUGCAGCGUCUCACUGAGGACCUUGAGUAUCAUGAGCUUCUGGACAAGGCAGCACGCUGCGACUCCUCCCUGGAGCAGAUGUGCCUAGUUGCCGCCUUCUCUGUCUCUUCCUACUCCACCACGGUUCAUCGGACAGCCAAGCCCUUCAACCCACUCCUGGGCGAGACCUACGAGCUCGAUCGCCUGGAAGAGUUUGGCUACCGCUCUUUGUGUGAGCAGGUAAGCCAUCACCCCCCUGCUGCUGCACAUCAUGUGAUUUCCCAAAAAGGCUGGACCCUGUGGCAGGAAAUUACCAUUGCCAGCAAGUUCCGUGGCAAAUACCUCUCCAUAAUGCCUCUGGGUACCAUUCACCUGCAUUUCCACUCCAGUGGGAACCACUAUGUAUGGAGAAAGGUCACCUCCACGGUGCACAACAUCAUCGUGGGCAAGCUGUGGAUUGACCAGUCGGGGGACAUUGAGAUUAUAAAUCACAGGACAAAAGAGACCUGCCAACUCAAGUUUUCUCCCUACAGUUAUUUCUCCAGGGACGUUCCUCGUAAGGUGACAGGUGUGGUGGCUGACAGUGAUGGUCAGGCUCACUACAUCCUCUCUGGUACGUGGGAUGAUAAGAUGGAGAGUGCCAAGAUCGUUCAGAGCAGCCGAGGAGGCAGCGGAUCUGAGGGCAAGCAGAAGACCGUCUAUCAGACGUUGUCCCCCAAACUGCUCUGGAAGAAAUACCCUCUCCCGGACAACGCUGAGAACAUGUACUUCUUCUCUGCACUGGCAUUGACCCUGAACGAGUUGGACGACGGAGUGGCACUGACGGACAGCCGCCUGAGACCAGACCAGAGGCUGAUGGAGGACGGUCGAUGGGACGAAGCGAACUCAGAAAAACAGAGGCUGGAGGAGAAACAGAGAGCAGUGAGAAGGAGGAGGGAAGCAGAGGCCUCAGACGCCAUGGAUGAUGAGUGUGAAUAUGACUCUGGGAAAGAAUACGAAGGCUACCAGCCGCUGUGGUUUCACCAGAGGAGGAACUCCCUCACCGGAGAGACCACCUUUGUGUAUAAGGGAGGUUACUGGGAGGCGAAGGAGAGACAGGACUGGAACAUGUGUCCUGACAUCUUCUAAGCCAGGGACUGACUCCAGAUCUCCCCCAACCUCAUCAGACAGGGAACUGCUCAGGCUUAUGAGCACCAUAUGGACCUUUGUGAGCAAGUGAACAUUUCACACACUCUCGGAUUACACUGUACCUCCAAAUGUAAAACCCCUCACUCUGUUUUGACUAUGGGGACAAAGAGAGGCGUCCUCUGAAUCGUCCUCUUUGACACUGUACUGAAACAGCAGUGAGGCAAAGUGUGAAUGUGACCUCACACGACAAAGGCACCCGUGCACUCCCGAAACACCAGGUGCUCUGUAAAUCCUACCCACAAUGCACUUUUCUGUGAUCACACGAUGAUGACAGAGUUUUACCAAUUGGAUAGAAGCCCAUAUCACAGCAGCUCACAAGUGUGUAGACUCCUAACAGAUACAAAAUCAUAGAAACACAACAGUAUUUUUGGUGAUUAGAUAAAACUCAUAAUUUUUUUUAAUAUUAUGCUAGGCCUUCUUUAUACAUUUUAAAUUUAAAUUUUCUCUUUCUCUUCACAGGAAAUGCACAUUUAAACCCUAAUGGUGACUUUAAGAAGGAGGUUAACACCUGGAUAUGGAGUAUGAACAUUUUUUGUCUGUUAAAUAAGAAAUUAUGGAAACCCAAAAUGUUAAAAAUUAAACACAAUGUAACAUCAAUAAUAACUACAGUUAUAUAAAUGUAUAUCUGUAAACUUGUGAAAAUAAUCAGAUGCUCUUUUUAAAACCAAACUCAUUUAUGAAAUGUUAUUUUUAUAAUAUAAUAUAGUUUAUUGGAGUUCAGCUUCAUUACUUAACAAUGAAUGUUUUUCUUGAUGUGAUCAACUGUCGCAUCAAUCUGAACAGAACUAUAAAAAGUGAUUUUGAAAGAAAUAAGUUGAAAUAAAAACUGCGAGACAAAAUUAACACAGUCUGCAGUGAAUAUUUAGAAUUUUUUAAAUACGCUACUUUUAAAUAUACGUGAUUAUUUCACAAUGUAUCUAAUGUUAUAUUAUUUAUUUGUUUGAUUUUCGACAGUCUGGUUUUCCAUAAUCAACAGCAAAUCUAUUGAAACAAUCUGUUUCUAUAAUACACACCAGUCUGCGAUAUGCAGCAGUGCACAAAUGUGUUGUAUCUAGUUGUAGUCAGUUCACUAGUGGAUUAGACCUACAGUAAGUCCAUGUCGUGAUAAUAUACAACAGUAGCUGCUGAUCCGUUUCAUACGUUCGAAUAUGAAAAUGCGUCAGUGACUUUCAGUCGUUCAGACAUCUUCCAACACACAACACCAAGUCCGUUAAUAGUAACACGUUAGUGCAGUUGCAACACGAAACUUCAAAACAUUCAUAUCAUGGUGAAGGAAUCUCCAACAAAGACCUGGAUCUGCUUGUUUCACUGUGACUGACCUUAGAUUAGUGCAUAUGUUUGUGUUGACGUGUGUGUACUUAACCUCGUCCUCUGGUGCUCUCUCAUGGCAACACCUUUGCUGAGUGACAUCACCCUCAGUCAUGUUGGAAAGUAUUAAGUCUGUGCUAAACAGGGCUGGGCAUUGAUCCAAAUGUUUCAAUAUGGUAUUGAUAUCUAGGCUUUUACUCAAUAUCAGUUUUAUUAAAUCACUUCUAACAAACAAAAUGACACAUAACCAUAAUCCAAUGCUGAUAAAGAGAGAGAGGGUGGAGGACUGCAGCUAAACUAGCUCUAAGCUCUGUUUAUGUGCAAUAUGUCAUUAAACCACCACGGAAAUGGUGAAAAUGUCACAGACUCUGGUCCCCACUUGACCAGAAUAGUGUGUGAUUGACUGCCACAGUGGCCACACCCCCACCACCGUGUCAGAGCAGAGAAUUUUACGUGAAUUAAAACCUAAUUUUUAAACACUUAGCAACAUUUUGAAUGACUCGAAUUGACCUCUCAAAACACAACAUAGACAGAUGCACACACACACGCUUCCUCUUCUCCUUUGCGGAAUGAGCUCCAUCUCUGGUUGUAACUUACUGUGGGCCUCAAGACAGCCAAUUACAAUUAGAACACAUAGCAAUUAGUGAUAGUGAACUUGUCCUCUGUAUUUAACCCAUCCUUAUUACACACCGGGGGAGCAAUGACGGAUUGAGUGCCUUGUUCACGGGCAUCCCAGCCCUUGGCCCGUCCCCGGAUUGAACCAGAGACCUUCCUUCUCAGUCAAAUAGCAUGUUGUGUACUUGCUGGCUCACUAACACUGAUGAAAUAAUUAUAAUCGACAACCUACUUUCUAUAUUAGAUGAUACAGAGGACGUUAGCCACCCAGCCCAUACCACAAAAGCAUUGAAGUUUGAUACCCAGCCCUUGCGUCAAAUGACAAAGAUAGUGAGUAGUUGCCACUGAGUACAUGCUGUGUGCAUUGCACUGACUUCCACAGCCUCCUCUCAGUCUCCUAAUUUGUAGUUUCCAGUAAAAACAUCUCUAAUUGAAAGUGGAGUGGCUUCUCCGGAGUCCAGAGUGGCUUAAGCUGAUGGUACAGGAGGUCAGGGCUGGUUCCUGUGCCACACCUAUGUGCGGUCAGCUUUAGUAACAGAGGAUUCCCUCAGCUGCUGCUCCAGGCUCACCACAGCUUACAUGUGCAGCCUUUUCCUUCAGUGUUUAUGGACACGCUGAUCUGGGAUCAGCUCACUAGGGUACCCUCAGUCUUUUGCCUUAAAUCGACUGAAGAAGGGAAACAGCCCUCCCACCUGUGCACUACAUGUCUUUGUUGACAACUAGAGUUUUGAAAAACUAGUUAGUAUUUUUUGUAAUUAUUGUUAGGAAUGUAGAAUUUCCGGCUGGAGCAAUUGUAACUAUUGUUUGUCUAUUUCUGUGAAUAGUUUGUGAUAAAAGAAUGAUAUUGUAAAUUUAAGAAUAACUCCACUAAUCUGAGUGUUAAUUUACCUGUACAGCAUAGUUUAAGUCUGAAACUGAAUGAGUCCCAAUUUUGAUUUUUUUUUUUUUAAACCUGAUAAUUUCUGUGACGAUGGAAGUUAAUCUGCAAAGAUUGAAUUUUAAAUCUGCAGAUUAAACUUUUAUAUUUCCAUAAACUGUCCUAACCCACUGAAAAUGAUUUUAUAGAGUCCCUGAUACAAGCACAUCAGUGUCGAUAAUCCAUCAUCUCCUCUGAUGUGCAGACCAUAAUGAUGUGAACAUGUAUAAAUGAAUCCAUAAAGAAUAAAUAUUAUGUACUCAUGAAGUGAAGCAGAUUUUCAUUAUCUUAAUAUGAGCUCUCUUAAUGUUCAUCACUGUUAAUGAUUUGAUAAUGAAUAAUGUAUUUUUGCCUCUUUUACCCAUGCACAUGAACAGUUUUGAUGUGUUUUUUGAUUUGAUGUCAACUUGUUAAAAAUGAAUAAUUUAGCUUUUCUUUUUUUUUACAGGCUACAGCCUGUAACUUGUUAGCAUAGCUUAGCUUAAAGAGUGGAAGCAGGGCUAACAGCGAGCCAGGCUCUUUGUCAUUUUAAACUUGUGUUUUACACACAAAAAAAGAUAUUUAAUCUGUCACUAAGUUGGAACUGCAUUAAGCUAGACCUUAUUUUUGAACUUUUGGACAAAAACAGACACGCGUUUCCUCUUAUUUCCUCUUGCUAAGCUAAGCUAACUAGCUGCAGUCUUUAACCUGUUUGUUAAAUAGUUAAGAGAAUGGUCUUCAUGGUAUUUACCUUUUAACAACAAAACAAAAAUGACCAUAUUUCUCAAAUUGUCAAACAAUUUCUUUUUCUUUAAUCUUUUCAACUUAUUAUCUUCCUGUUUAUCAUAUUGGCUUUAAUUUGCACUGCUGCUGAGGUUGCAUAUCAAGAGUGUCACAUUUAAGGUUGGACACAACUGCAGCAAUACGUUUUAUUUUUGCGAUCAUCGUGCAGUUUAUUUUCUAUCAUCAUCAUCAUUGCACAGUCUCAGCAGAACAUGAACUGAACACGUGGAAAGUUUCACAGAAGUUUGUGAUUUCCUUUAUCAAUAUUCAAACUUCACCAGAGAUUACUUUAAUAUAUUGUGUUUGAGAUGAUUUUAUACUUGAGAAAUUACAUAUUAUAUUUUGAAUGAUAUUGAAGAGCUCAUCGUAUGUGGUAGUCAGUAUAUUUUCAGAUAACUUGACCUCAGUACCGGAUGGUGACUCGUCUGCACAAGUAUCGGACAGCUGUAGCAAUAACGCAGUGAGGUGUAGAUUUGUUAGUUAAUGGCUGUCGUUGCUUCGAACUGUUGUCGAGGAAAAAACAACCAAAGUGUAAAUGGAGAGUUCACUGUAGAUUUAAAAUAAAAAAUAAAUUUAAAAAAAACCUGCCGCCUUUGUUUCAGAGGGAUUUAAUGUAAACAUUGUUUCUCUCUCCCUUAACUCACUGUGGUGUGAUUUUUCUCAGCUUUGAUUUUAACUUUUAUUUUCUGUCUUCUCAUGGGUGCCAUUAUUCUUAUUUUAGUGUUUUCAUACUCUUUGUAUGCAUAAUGAGCUUGACUUGUGUGCCAGUGUGGCUCACAUGUCCUCAGUUUCAAGGCAGAGGUGAAUUAAUGAAGCGAUAUUUCUUGCCUUGUCUAAACUGAACCUUGCUUCUUCACUCACUGCAAUUCACAGCUUUGUAGUUGUGAGAGGGUUAAGAAACUGUGUGAGGAUUAAAAUUAUGACAACACAUCACAACAGCAGCCUGGUACAGGAGGCCAAAGGUCAUUGACCUGCCUUGAUUUACACUUACUCCCCAAAUACACGUAUUGUGAAACUGCAGAUUCAACUGAGGUUUUGCUUCUUCUUUUUUUUUUUAAAUGGUGUAUUUUCUCCCUUAAUUUAUACUUGUAACAUUGUCUUUAAACAACAAAGACACAAUAAUGGAAAGAAGAUAAUAAAGUUAUUGUUGACACUGUA